UUUGACAUUUUUCAUAUUUAACACUGAUAUUAAUGCAGGGAUAUUUAAUUUAAACUUUAACGUCAAAUGAAAGGCUAAAUUAAUGUUUUUUAUUCAUAAAGUUUGUAAAUUUUUGGGUUCAACGACUAAGAUUUAUUUAAAAAACACUAUAUGUAUCUCAUAGGGAAAUUUUAUUUUGUUGUACCUCACAUCCUCUAAACUCACAGAGGAUAAUUAUGCUGGGAAAGAAGGAGCUCCAGUAGCAGUCCAUCUUGCAACUAAGCUGAAGAGGCCUCUGACUGGAGACUUGCUGUUUGCAACAACGUGCUAACGGCUCAAUUUCCAGACAGUAGAGACGAUAUUUCACAACAGCACACCCUGGAUGAAACCAUUAGUUGUUGGAAAGCCCUGCUAAUCCACCUCAUUUGCUUUUGCUGCUCCUUAUUUAGUCUCUAUAUCAUUCUUAUGAUGAAUGGAAAAGCUGUUUUUCUUUCUGUUAUUUUGACCUGGUCUUUAUCCCUGAAGCCUCCUUUUCAACUCCUCUGGGAUUUAAGGCUUUAGUUCAGGUAUUAUUUGAGCUUUUGAGACGCCAGUCAGCUGCACCCAGUUGUAAAAACAAAGCCUCGUUACCAUGGUUACACAUCAUAACUCAAAAAGGAUGUCUAAACAUAGAAGAACUCAACCAAAAAAGGUUAAAAGUUUAAAAAAGAACCAAUCAGAAGUAAAAUAACAGAAUUUCUCUGCCAUGCUCCAGCUAUGAGUGGCACAAUAAACUCACAUACGGGUUAAAUUAGGAUGCGUCACAGUUGGUGGUGGCACACAUGACCCCCCCCCCAAUGUCCUACGGAUAAAUGAUUUUCCAGAUGUCUCAAACAAUCAGCUAAAAGAUUAAUCUGAUUCAUUCUGCAGCAGAUUCCUUUUCUUUCUGCAGAGUUUCUGUUUAUUUACCACCAAAAUGUUUUCUUCACUAUGAACUGUUUGAAACUUUUGAGCUUUUUGGAGCGUCUUGAACUUCCUGAAACAAUCUUCUGUGCAGCUCAACUUCUCACGUUGAAGUUAUUUUAGUUCCUAACCUCUCGGCAGCAAGUUCCUCACAGUCUGAAAUUUCUGAAAUUCCUGAAAUUCCUUAGGAGUAAACCAUCGUCAAGACAACAACUGCAGCUAAACUGAAGAUCUACUCAUUAACUUUUUACAGUUCUUUGUAAUUAAUAGACAAGCACCUGAUCACACACAGCUGAGGCUGCAAGGUUUGCAAAAUAUCAUCUGUGUCAGAAUAUUUCUGACUGCAUUCUGUCUCUUGUGGACAUUUUUUUCUUACAUUUAUUUAUUUAGUUUUUUAUUUUAUUUAUUUAUUUAUUUAUUUAUUUAUUUAUUUAUUUAUUUAUUUAUUUAUUUAUUUAUUUAUUUAUUUAUUUAUGUAUUUCCUUCAGUUCCCAACAUUCAUUCUAUCUGCAAUUGUUCUUUCAGAUUUAUGUACUUCAUAGUUCAACAAUGUUUCUAAACACACCUCAUGUUUAUCCAUGUUUUGCCAGUUAAGUACAAUAGUUUAGAUGGAAACUAUUCUAAACUAUUGUUUCAGCUUCUUUUCUUCUGUUUGACUUUUUUUUUAUUAAUGUUGUCUUUUGUAUAAAUUACUUUCAUCCUCAUCUUCAUUCCACUUUUUUUCGUGCCAGAUUUUGUUACUUAUAAUAAUAGAUCUACCCGCAUCUUUUCAAUUCUUCUGCUUUAUUUACUGAUAAACAUAGCAUCUAUGCUCUGUAUGCGACCAGCGCUUUUACUUUGAAAGCCUUCCUGCAAACAUCCGGUGCUGUCCCAUCGCUGCUCUGAUUGGCUGCUGAGGAAGCCUCCGUUUUCGGGGUGAAGGCAAUCAUGGAGGAGCUGAGCGCCGUGGGAGAGCAGGUUUUUGAUGCCGAGUGCAUUUUGAACAAACGACUCAGAAAGGGAAAGUUGGAGUUUCUGGUGAAGUGGAGGGGAUGGUCAUCCAAACACAACAGCUGGGAGCCGCAGGAAAACAUUCUGGACCCGAGACUGUUGGCGGCAUUCAAUAAGAAAGAACAAGAAAAAGAGCUUCUGAUGCUUAAAAGACGCAAACGACCCAGAGGACGACCCAGAAAGAUCAUAGAGAAUAUACCGGAACCCCAAAAAUCAAGCACCUCUUCAUCUGCUUCAUCCUCCUCGUCCUCCGACUCCUCAUCCUCCUGCUCCUCUUCGUCUUCAUCCUCAGAAGAUGAAGAUGAGGGCGAUGACGGCCACGCCAAACAGGCGAGCCCGACCGUCAGGCCACGGGAGCUACAUCCCGUCCCUCAGAAGAAGGCGCAGAUCGUCAUGGCGAAGCAGGAGCCCCUGAGGAAGCGAAACAGGAAGCCCCUGCCUCCGGAGGCGAAGGAGUUCCAGCAGAACAAGGGUCCGCGCAAAGUCCUGAAGACCGCCAGAGAAACGGAUCUUCCAGGGGCGAUCAAGAAGCCGGUUCAUCCGGCGAGCUUCACCUUCAUGGGUUUCCACCGCAGCUCAGCCAAAGAUGCUGCGCCUGGUCCGUACAGGAGCCCGCUGACCCAGGGUGGGACGGUUAAACCCGCUACCAGCUCACCUGGAUCUGGGAGAUCUUCAGUCCAAACCGUGUCUCUGGCCUUGAACAAAUCCAACCAGAUCAGAAAUGCAACCGAGGGGAAGCUGUCCAUCUCCGGCGGGAACAGUGGAGGAAGUCUGGAUUUGAAAGCAGCUGCUUGUAAAUCCAAAGGAGUAGCUGCUCUGAAUGUGAAUACCACCAAACAUCCAGUUCAAGGAACCACUCAGCACACUCUGAGCUCACCCAGCGGACCAAAGAAGCCCCACUCCACCGGGUCCGCAAUGCAGCGGGUAGCCGGUACUAAAGCAGGGGUUUCCCAGUCUAAGAGCUCCUCCUCCAAUCAAGGCAAUCAGCCCCUCAACCUUCAGAACAAGCAGUCUCAAAGCGGUGACGCUCCUGGAAGCGGCACCACCGCAGCGUUGGGCCUGAGAAAUCCAGUCAUCCCUGCGAGAAAACCCACAGUCGCCCAAAAUCUGGAGACAAACGCCAAUAAAAGUCCGGUUUCCUCUGGAAGACCGCCUGCCAGGAAACCGCAGGCCGGUGGAGACAAGCUCAGAGAAAUGAAGGAAUUCCAGAAGGUCCAAGGCCGGUUGGACAAGUCCUGCUCCGAGAUCCAGAACCCGCCAGCAAGAACGGCCACUAAAGGCAGCAAGAAAGCCAAAAUGACCGACAUGAGCACCGGCGAAGAGGAGAGCAGCUCGGACUCGGACCACGACUCUUCGUACGCUGGACAGGGUCACCCAGUGGCGGGCCAGAACCAGGACUGGAAGCCCACACGCAGCCUGAUCGAACACGUGUUUGUGACUGAUGUCACGGCGAACCUGGUCACCGUCACGGUGAAAGAGUCGCCAACCAGCGUGGGCUUCUUCAGCAUCCGCAACUACUGACAGUCGACCUGGGCGGGUCUGCAGGGUUCACUAGUUCACUUAUAGCAGUCAAGACAUAUUUUAGAUAAAAACAAUAAUAAUAGAGUCAGUCAUUGAUUGUAAUUAUUUAUUUUGUCAUAUGUAUUAAAAAAGUGCAUUUUGGAUGCAGAGAAAUAAACGUUUGUCCUCGUUUGUCGUGUUACUCAAGAGAGAAACUACGGUAUUCAGUUACAGGGCCCGUGUGAUCAUUAGUCCCAGUCUUAAAGGGACGGUUCACUUUAGUUUCAUUUUAAUGUUAAAUUCAGAGGUUAUUAGCAGUGGUAUUUGAGUUGGUAUCUUAAGUUUCAGAUAGAUUUAGCCAAUCAGAACAGGGCUGACACAAAAUGUUGAAGUCCAAUUUUAAAACUCUUACCAGCACAAAAAAACUCAGAAAACUGGAAUAUAUGUAUAUUGUUAUAUAUUGGUACAAAAAGCUAAAUGUAUAGCUUUGAGAUAUUAGUAAAAUAUUAGCUGUGUUUAGCUGAACCAAAUAUUUAGUUAGCAAAUUAACUACUUAGCUCAUUUAGUUAGAAUGUGACAGUUUAUCAGUUUUACUAU